CCUUAAGAGAAGCAGCUCGGUAGACAAGCACGAAGGUUCGAUUCCGCCUGAACAUCGAAGGGGACCCUGAACAUCCCCUAUCGAACUGAACCUCAACAGAGAUCCCUUACGAGCUCAACCACCAGCACACCUGCAACGGCUUACACUCACCACUCGAGGGUCCAUUCGAUAAAUACCAUACAUUCAAGAUGAGCUGGAACGGUCCGGAUCAGGCGACGCUGGCGCAAUUGACCCAGAUUUUACAAAACUCUAUUUCGGAGAGUGCACAGGCAAGAAAUGCUGCCAACCAGCAUUUGGAACAAGCCAAGUCCUUGCCAGACCUCAACAACUACCUCGCAUACAUCCUCGUUCGAUCAACGGACCAGGAGAUCCCCGUACGGUCAGCGGCAGGUUUGUUGUUGAAGAACAAUGCUAGGCUGUACUACCACGACAUCGCCGAGCCCGUGCUCAACUUCGUCAAGGAGGCUGUUUUGAACGGAUUGGCGGAUGACCAGCAUCUCAUUCGCUCUAUUGCCGGAAAUGUCAUCACUACGAUUGUUUCCCGGGGUGGAGUCAUUGCGUGGCCGGAGGUGUUGCCUAGGUUGAUGGAUAUGCUCGAUAACUCGACUGGUGCGACACAGGAGGGUGCAUUCAGCGCCUUAUGCAAGAUAUGUGAGGAUUCAUCGCAUGAGCUGGACCAGGACUAUAAUGGACAGCGACCGCUCAACUUUAUGAUUCCGAAGUUCUUGACGUUCUGCGAGAACCCUAACCCGAAGCUCAGGGAGAACGCGAUUUUCUGUUUGAACCAGUUCGUGAUGAUCAAAUCUCAGAGCUUGAACAUUCACAUCGACUCUUUCUUGGCUGCGAUCUUCAACCUUGCGACCGACACCACCCCCGAGGUCCGGAAGAACGUAUGUCAGGCACUCGUGCAAUUGCUCGAUGCUCGUCCCGACAAGAUUGAGCCGAAUUUGAACUCGAUUGUUGAGUACAUGAUGUACUCUACUUCUGAUGACGACGAGACCGUCGCGCUCGAGGCUUGCGAGUUCUGGCUUACCAUCGCGGAGAACGACGACUUGCGCCUUAAGCUCGAGCCUUACUUGCCUAGAAUCGUGCCAAUGUUGCUUAAGGGUAUGAUCUAUACCGACAUGGACGUUUUUGCGCUCGGUGGCGACGAGGACGAUGCGAACGUUCCUGAUAGGUUGGAGGACAUCAAGCCUGUCUUUGCGCACGGUAAGAAGCACACUCUUCAGAGCCAAGGUGCUGGUAAUGGAAAUGCGGGAGGUGAUGGUGACGACGACGAGGACGAUGAGGACUACGAUGAUGAUGAGGAGGACGAGGAUGACAUCUACGCCGAGUGGAACCUCCGUAAGUGUUCUGCUGCCGCUCUCGACGUAUUGGCAACUGUCUUCCCCAUGAGCCUCCUCCAGUCCGCUCUCCCUCACCUCAAAGAGCAGCUCUUCAACGCUGACUGGAAGGUCCGGGAAGCGGGUGUUUUGGCCCUCGGUGCCAUUGCGGACGGAUGCAUGGAUGGUAUCAUGCCCCACUUGCCCGAGAUCUUCCCUUACUUGAUCAGCUUGUUGAAGGAUCCCAAGCCCCUCGUUAGGCAGAUCACCUGUUGGACACUCGGUAGAUACGCUCGCUGGGCCGCCGCUCUCACCACCGAGGCCGAGAUGAAGAUGUACUACGAGCCCCUCGUCGAGGGUCUCCUUCGCAUGGUUUUGGACAACCACAAGCGUGUCCAGGAGGCUGGAUGUUCCGCCUUCGCGAACUUGGAGGAGAUCUCUGGCGCCGUGUUGUUGCCGUACAUGAUCCCCAUCUUGAAGUCCUUCCAAAUGGCAUUCCAGAAGUAUCAGCACAAGAACUUGUUGAUCUUGUAUGAUGCUGUACAGACUCUCGCCGAUUCUAUCGGUGGAGCAUUGAACAACUCUGACUACAUCAACUUGCUUAUGCCGCCUCUUAUUGAGAAGUGGCAGGCUUUGGCGGAUGAUGAUAGAGAUUUGUUCCCGUUGUUGGAGUGCUUAUCCGCUGUUACUGCCGCGCUCGGGUCUGGAUUCAUUCCGUUUGCGCAGCCUGUAUUCUCAAGGUGUAUUCACAUCUUGUCGAGCACCAUCGCACAAUUGCAGGCCUGUGCGCAGGACCCCUCCUUGGAGUGGCCCGAUAAGGACUUCCUCAUCACCUCGCUUGAUUUGUUGAGUGGUGUCGUCCAGGCCCUCGGACAGAACUCGAGUCAGCUGAUGUUGACCUCGAAUCCUCCAGUUGUCCAGUUGUUGUCUGUUUGUAUGCAGGAUGAGGUUGCGGAGGUGAGGCAGUCUGCGUACGCGUUGUUGGGUGAUAUGGCGAUCCAGUGUUUCGACACGAUCAGACCGUACAUCCAAUCCGUCAUGACUGAGCUCAUUCCGCAAAUCGAGCCCCGUACGGACGCAUUCUCGGUGUGUAACAACGCUGCUUGGGCGGCUGGUGAGAUCGCGUUGCAGAUGGGUGCGGAGAUGGCUCCUUGGGUUGAGCAAUUGAUGGGUCGAUUGGUGCCUCUGUUGAACGCGAAGGGUACGCCUCACACUGUUCGGGAAAACGCCGCUAUCACCCUCGGCCGUCUCGGUCUUGUCUGCGCCGAACCCGUCGCGGCCCAACUCGACCAAUACGCCGCCUCAUGGUGCGAAGUCCUCGCCAAUGUCCGCGACAACGAGGAGAAAGACUCCGCAUUCCGUGGAAUGUGCACUAUCAUCUCCAAGAAUCCCAACGCGCUCAACCCGUACUUUAUCCAGUUCUGUACUGCUGUCGGAAGAUGGCAGGAACCGAGUGCGGAGUUGGCGAAUAUGUUCCAUCAGAUUUUGAUUGGGUAUAAGAGCAUUAUGGAUCCUGCUACUUGGGCGCAGAGUUUGCAGCAUUUGACACCGGAGGUGCAGGCUGGGUUGCAGAAGUAUGGAGCGUAAGUGAGUGAAGAGACAUCGUGGGAGCGAACGUGAAAGGAAAUGGAGCAGUGAGCUGAAGAAGAGAUAGGAAGAAAGGAAUUGAGUGAG